AUGGCACAAGGCUCUCCGCGAGGAAGGGUGUCGCCCGAGGAGCUGAUCGGACAGGAGGUGCCCGUGUCGCACUCCAGCAUGGACGCACCGAUGGGGGAGCCCGCGGCGACGCGCGCCGGGCAAGACAUCACGGAGGUCGCCCGCAGCUGGCCGAGACGCUUUGCCGGGCAGUACGUGGCCCUCUUCAAGAAGAACACCAUCCUGGGGUACCGGAACUGGCGCGCGACGGUCAUCCAGCUGUGCGCGUCGUUCUUUUUCCUUCUGAUGCUCCUUCUGAUCGACUGGGCCGUGAAGAACGACUCGCAGCGCCAGGACCGCUUCAAGGACGUCCGUGAGCCGGGCGUCGAGGCCAUCACGAACAUCCCUGACUGCAAGGAGGACAUGUUCAUGAAGGACAAGGCGUUCGACUGCUACACCCUGGCCUACACGCCCUCGAACAAUGCCGCCGUUGACGCCGUGAUCGCCAGCGUCAUGGCCAACAACGACCCGCCGAUCCCGCAGGAGAAGGUUCUGUCCUUCAACGACCCCACGGAGACGGACGACUGGAUGCUCGCCAACCCGGAGCGCCUCCUGUCCGCAGUGCACUUCGUCAACGUCACCACGACUGCGAUGGAGUUUGGCAUUCAGACAAACAGCACGCCCAAGUUCUUCAAGGGGCAGUACCAGAGCCCGGACCGGUUCGUGCGCGUUCCGCUUCAGGUCGCCGUGGAGCGCGAGAUCGCGCGGUACUUCGUGAACCGCGACGUGGGCGCCGACGUGGCUUCGCGGUUGACGUGGCGGUGGUCGCUCAGCGAGUUCGCGCACCCGGUCGUGUCCAGCUUCAGCAUCGUCGGCGCCGCGGGCGGGAACUUCGUGUUCGCGGCCGCGCUGUUCGGCUUCGUGCUGCAGAUCGCGGACAUCGUCACGGAGAAGGAGAAGCGGUUGCGCCAGAGCCUGCGUACGAUGGGGAUGCUGGACAGCGCGUUCUGGCUGUCGUGGGUGUCGUGGCACCUCGUGUUCGACCUCUUCUCGACGCUCACGCUCGUCAGCUUCGGGUACCUGCUCCAGUUCGACCUCUUCUUGAAGAACGACUUCCCACUCAUGUUUUUCCUAGUCCUGCUCUUCCAAAUGGCCAUGAGUGGGUUCGCGCUGGUCGUCGCCGCCUUCCUCAAGUCGGCGCAGGUCGCGACCAACAUCGGGUUCAUCCUCUUCCUCCUCGGGUGGAUCAUUCAGAUCGCCGUGCUCUUUGGGUUCCCCUUCACGCCCGAGCUCAGCGGGUUCGGGAGCGGCCUGCCGUACGCGAUCUUCACGCUCAUGCCCUGGGCGCUGCUCAGCAAGGGCAUCGGCGACCUCGGCACCGCCAGCACGGGCACCAACGGCCUCGAGUGGGGCCAGCGCGAGAGCUACUGCAAAGACUACUUCUUCCUGGACCCUGAGGACUGGCCCGAGGACAUCUGCUACCCGGGCGACAAGUACGUCGACUGCAACUGCAUCAUGCCCCUCAGCGACAUCUACAACAUCUUGUUCGCGCUGUGGGUCGGUUAUACCAUCCUUGGCAUCUACCUGGACAACGUCAUCACCAACGAGUCAGGGAACUCGCUGCCGCCGUUCUACUUCCUGUACCCCUCGUACUGGUCCGCGCGGGUCACCGCGGGCUCCCUGGGCGCCGUGCGCGCCGUGGAGCGCGACGCGGCGCGCCACCCGUCCGACGCCUCCGAGGGCGACCCGGACGUGUGCGCCGCCGCCCUCGCAGCUAAGGACCGCCUGCACGAGGUGGCCGCGGGGCACGAGCCGUCCGCGUCGCGCGAGUACGCGAUCGAGAUGUUCGGCCUGCGCAAGGUCUUCGGCGGCGGGUUCCUGCGCGGCAAGCGCGGUUUCGCGGCAGUCGAGGGCACGUGGCUGCAGGUCGAGCGCAACCACCUCUUCUGCCUCCUCGGGCCGAACGGCGCGGGCAAGACGACGACGUUCAACAUGCUCACGGGCGUCACGUCGCCCACCUCGGGCGACGUCCUCGUCGACGGCCGCCCCCUCAGCAACCCAGGGGACCUCGAUCGCACACGUGGCAACAUGGGGGUGUGUCCGCAGUUCGACGUGCUCUGGGACCGCCUCACGGGCCUCGAGCACCUCGAUCUGUACUGCGGCAUCAAGGGCGUCGUGCGGUCGGCGCGGCAGGCGCACUGCGCGCAGCUGCUGCACGAGGUCGCGCUGACAGACGCGCAGCGCGUCAGGGUGGGGAGUUAUUCCGGGGGCAUGAGGCGCCGGCUGUCCGUCGCGCUCGCGCUCCUGGGGUCUCCGUCGAUCGUCUACCUCGACGAGCCGACGACCGGGAUGGACCCCGUCUCGCGGCGCUUCGUGUGGGACAUCAUCGAGCGGGCGAAGAAGGGGCGGUGUAUCAUCCUGACGACGCACUCGAUGGAGGAGGCCGACAUCCUCGGCGACCGCAUCGGCAUCAUGGCGCGCGGCAAGCUGCGCUGCGUCGGCACGCCGCUGCACCUGAAGGGCCGUUUUGGCGCCGGUUACAAUCUGUACGUGACAAUCGAGCGCGUGCAGGGGAAGACGCUCGCGGCGCUGCGCACGGGCGUGGAGGACAACGACCCCGCGGCGCUCGAGCACGCGGCGCGCGUGCAGCGCAUCCGUGCGUUUAUGAAGGAGCAAUGCGGGCUGGAGCCUUUUGAAGAGACCCCCGGGUUCCUGACGUACGUGCUGCCGCGCGAGGACAAGGCCGGGGACGCGGCGGGCGGGGUGAGCAUCCGCGCGCUCAUGGAGGGGCUCGAGCAGCACGGGAAGGCGCUGGGCGUCGCGGACGUGCAGCUGUCGACAGCGUCGCUCGAGGAGGUGUUCCUGACGAUUGCGCGGAACGCCGAGAUCGACGCGCUGUCGGGCGAGGGCCGCACGUUCGCGUUCCUCAUGGAGGACGGGCGCGAGGUGCAGAUCCCGCUCGGCGCGGAGGUGGUUCGCAUGGCGGCGGGGGAGUUCGAGGGCAUGCUGAUGAAGGUGCAGUGGUCCCAGGACGACGAGGGCAACCUGCAGGUAUUCGACCUCAAGCCGAUGACCCCGGAGGAAGAGGCCGCGCUCGGCCUGCACACCGCGGCGAACAGCUCGGACGGCACGCCCGAGGCGACCUAG